AUGAUUGUGGCGUCUCGAGACUCCUCGAAGACGAGUGAAGACAAAGUACUCGAUAAUGUCAAUAAAAACGAUAAGGAAAGACGGAAAGCUGUGGAGGAGAUCGCAAGAGCACUAAGCUCCUUGAAAGAAGCUCUUGUGGAACGGUCUGAUUCUCGUGUCUCCGGGAAGGACAAAGAUACUGAAUUUUCGAACGCAGAGAGGGCGCGUAUAAGCGAAAUAAUAUCUGAAGUUACCCAAGAAAUUAUUAACCGCGAUAUGGUUCCACUCAUUCUCGCUCAUCUCGAUGCCAUAGAAUUUGAGAGUUGUAAGCAAAUUGUCGAACUUUUUGGUCACAUUCUUCGCAAACCUGCACGUCCAUUCAAUCCUAUGGUUCGGUACCUUUGCGAACAUCCUGAAAUACUGGCCACUCUUCUUAAAGGCUAUAAUACACCUGAGACCGCCAUCCACUUUGGAGCUAUAUUGCGAGAUGCCUGUCGGAACGAGAACAUAACAAAGCUGGUCCUGGGUUCGCCCGGUUUCUAUGAUCUCUUUGGGCACGUACAAGGCACUGCAUUUGAUAUCAGCUCCGAUGCCUUUGCGACCCUCCGGGACCUGCUAACUCGACACAAGCCUGAGGUGGCAGACUUCCUUAUAAAUAACUACGACGUCUUUUUCAAGCAUUACCUCACUAUGCUCACUUCUGAGAACUACGUCACCAAGCGUCAGGCUCUGAAGCUCUUGGGAGAGCUCCUACUGGACCGUCACAACAGCGAGAUAAUGAACCGGUACAUUGCUGACCCUGAGAACCUCAAGCUUAUGAUGAAUCUGCUCAAAAGCAAGGAGAAACAAAUUGCUUUUGAAACGUUCCACUGUUUUAAGGUGUUCGUGGCGAGUCCGACAAAGUCAAGACCGGUGCACAUGAUUCUCUACCAGAAUCGGGAUAAAUUGAUCUCCUUCCUAGAAAACUUCCAAAACGAUCGACAGGAUGACAUGCAGUUCAAUGACGAGAAGAAAUACCUCAUCAAGCAGAUAAUGGAAUUGCGGCCUCUCGCACCGCUGUGA